UGUUGCCCACCCUCGCGUCCUCGUGGAGAGCUCGCAAGAACAUGGCGGGUGAGCAUGGUGUUGUGUACGGCGCCGCCGCGAUUGUCCCUUGCAAUGGCGCGGCACGGCGACUACGGCUGCUCUAAACGCGAGCCGUUUUACAGGAAUGCCGGACGACGGUGAUGGCCUCGUGCCGGAUCAGAGGCCCCCAUUGGGUGAAGCAGACUCCCUGAAUACAGAGAACGAAGAGCUCAGCCGCUGGAGUCACUUCUCCCUUGCCAUGUUGGCAGCAGAGCAAGAAGCGGCUUCUGCCGAACAACGUGGAGAGGACUGUGAAGACGACGACGACUCUUCUGCCCGGCGUCUCGAGCUUGAAGAGCCAGACCCAGUUACAAAGCUUGAGCGCUACGCUUACAGUGAUAUCGUCUUCAAUCGACAGCUUGUGGCCCGGAAUAUUGUGGACACCUUGCGUGUUUCCCUUGAUUCUCAAGAUGCUGUCAGUGCAGUUCUGUCAGCCCUUUCCUCCAUCUCUAUGGACUGUGAACCAAGUGUACGGACAGAACUGGUGGAACAGCUUCCCAACAUUGCCAGUUUUUGUGCCAGUGAAGGUGGACUGCUGGAAAAUGUUGUUAAAGAGCAUGUGGUUUCAAUCUUGGUGCAGUACCUUACAGAUGUUGCCAACCAGGUCAGAAAAAGGACACAAGUGUCCCUGUUGUUCAUUUUAGAACGAGGAUUGAUAGAUCGCAAGCAGCUAGAAGAACAGAUAUGCAGUCUGGUUGUGCAUCUCACCGAAAGUGAAAACAUGGAUGACUAUCGCAUGGAAGCAGUGACAUUGAUGACAAAAAUGGCACCCUAUAUUGGAAAAGAAACAACUGCUGCAUUGUUUCUCCCACGUUUUGUCAGUCUAUGUCAAGACUCUUCCUUCCACAUACGAAAGGUGUGCGCUGCGAACUUCGGAGACUUUUGCAGCAUUGUGGGGCAGGAGUGUACAGAAGACAACCUUAAUGUGUUUCAGAUGUUAUGUGAAGACUGCGUCUGGGGGGUGCGCAAGGCCUGUGCUGAGGUUUUUAUGCCAGUCUCUUGUGUCUGCUCCCUGGCUACACGUCGUAAUAGCCUGGCACCACUUUUUCUUAGCCUGCUGGACGACCAGUCACGAUGGGUUCGGAUAGCUGCCUUCCAAGCUCUGGGACCAUUCAUCUCGACAUUUGCUGACCCACUGCGCACAGGACUCUACUGCAGUGAGGAUGGGGUGGUUAGUGUGCGAACACCAGAAUGUCGGUCAGAUGAUUUUAUUGCGGGAGAGGCACCCAGCCCAGCAGACGCCCCUGCAUUGCCCUUGCCUUUGGAGAAGCCUGGUCUUCGGGAAAGCAUCCAUACCAGUGAUUUGCCUCCUGCCAGCACUGUUGUGGUUCCAGCUACAGAUCUAGUGCGCUGUGGCGAGGUGGCUGCAGUGGAUGAAGAUGAAGUGGCUUCUGCGCUGCUAGAGAAAGGAGAGCAGCAGACAGUGUGUGGAGAUGACAAGGGGGAGCCCUGCCGUGCCAACUCCUGUAUGGCCACUGCAGAGGGUACUCGUGGCCCUAAGAGCAGCCCUCCCAUUGUGGUUGUGCCUGAUAAGCCACAAGACAUUGCUGCAGGCUGCAGUGCAGAAGCAGUGGCAGACUCCAUCUCAGCUGCACAAGGAUCGUCUGAAGGAAAUGAGCCUCAAAAAGAUGUUGCACAAAGAUUGUUUGAAGGAAACGAGCUUCAAAAAGAUGUUGCACAAGGAUUGUUUGAAGGAAGCGAGCCCCAAAACGAUGUUGCACAAGGAUUGCUUGAAGGAAACGAGCCUCGAAAAGAUGUUGCACAAGGAUUGUUUGAAGGAAACGAGCCUCAAAAAGAUGUUGCACAAGGAUUGUUUGAAGGAAACGAGCCCCAAAAAGAUGUAUCAGGGGAGAAAAAAGAGCCCACUCAGAACUUUGGGAUUAAGGAGCCUCUGUCAGUUGAAGGAGACAGGCAUAGGCUAGUUCUUCAUCUGGAUUCUGGAGCAGAGAGCAACUUCAACACAUUCCAGUUCUGGCGGGUGCCUAUUCCAGAGGUGGAAGUGGACAUUGAGUUUUUAGGAGAUCGGGCUACAGCUGUCCAUGUCAGGGCGAAGUCUCAGGACCAAGACAACCGUUGUUUCUCUUCUGACCUGAGUGUUGAAGUGCUAGGUGGGGAUUUCCAGCAGAGUGCUACCAUGGCUGUCUCAUCUGCAGGCCAAGACGGCACAGUUCCUAAUGAAAGGCUCUCUGGUGAUUCAACUCUAAAAAUUAGGACGGCUUCUUUAUCUUCACUAACAUCUGCCGAUCAAGAAUGUAACCUCUUGCUUUCUUCUUCAGUCACGGAAGCUUCUGUGGCUUUCAAUGAAGCUGGUGAAGUGGCAGGUGUUCACAAAAUAAGGAUGAGCAAGUUAAAAGAGAUAGCAGGCAGUGAAAACACUCUCCUUUCUAAAUCUCUCAACAGUGGUUCCGAUAGCUGGUCAGCACAGGAUCAAGACAUAGUGCCUGUGCUCUUGCUAGAGCGGUACCAGACCAUGACCGACCCUGCCUUGGCACAAAAUUUGGACUCUGAAAUAGGGCGUCACUGUGCCCAUAGCCUACCUGCCGUGGCACUUACUCUUGGUCGCCAUUAUUGGCCUUGUUUACGAAUGACCUACCGCUGUUUAGUGUCUGAUGUACAGUGGAAGGUGCGACACAUUGUGGCAUCCUGCUUGCAUGAGCUAGCCACUAUCCUGGGCCCUCAAAUUGCUUCGCGGGACCUGGUGCCAAGCUUUGAGGGCUUUGUACGGGAUGUGGAUGAGGUGCGAGUGGGCCUCUUGGAGCGGCUUGCACCGUUUUUACGGGGUUUGAGCAGAGGAGACCAGCGUCGCUCAUUGCCUUUGUUAGCUGACUUCCUCUGCAUGGAUAACCAUCGCAACUGGCGCUUUCGCUUCACUCUUGCACGGCAGUUGAAGGAGAUAGCUGCACUGUACUGUCCAUUGGAUAUUCAUCAGUACCUAGUCCCCAUUGUGAACGACCUGCUGGUGGACAAAGUGGCUGAAGUGCGUCACAUGAGUAUUGAAGCUGUGGUGAUGUUUUUACAGCGGUUGGAGCCCCACUACCUCAUGUGCAAGCAGCUUCUGCAGGAAAUGUGUGUCAAAGUGCACGAUCGCAAAUGGUCUCAACGCCAAUUAUUUUGCGAAUUGGCUGAGCAGAUUGUGAACGAAGAGUGCCUAAGUGAGGAUGAGUUCAUUGGAACUGUACUGCCAAAGCUGCUGUACCUGCGCAAUGACACUGUGCCCAAUGUGCGCAUGGCCCUUGCACGUUGUCUGGUCAGGAGCAUUUGGCCGAAGGCCUAUUUUUGGGACACUGGAAAUUUCUACAGGGAGGAGCUGAAGGCAACCCUGGCCAGUCUUCAAGAGGAUUUAGAUAGGGAUGUGCGCUUUUGUGCCCAGCCAUAUCCAAAAGACUCUGUGGACUGAAUUGAUUUAGGCAUCGUUUUCUUUCGUACCUCCUCUCCGGAAAUGUCACUAGCGGACCCUUGCAGUGAAGACAAUGGAGCUGUGAUAACACUCUUGGGGGGGAGGGACCUUGUUCUGUUUUAGGUGUUAUUUUAUUGUUGCUUGUGGAGCUGUAACACUGGUGAGGCAAGUAUUCAGUGCCAAUUUUGACAUUUUCGAACAAGUGGCAAGAGACGUUUAUGGAGCAUGCAUUCUUGGCUUUGAGUGCGCAAACUUUCUAAUGGAAUGCCGAGCAAAAGCCUUUUGUGCAAUUCUGUACAGUUAUUUUAACCUUUUAGAUCUGCUUGAAGUUUGCCUCUGUGCUUUUCCGGAAAUAAUUCAGGCCAUUUGUGACCUAAUGUAGCAUGCUGGGAGCCAACUAGUCCUCAAGGAUAAAGCAAAUGUUUGGGUUCCUAAAGCUGCUCUGGUUGUAGUCAGUGGUGCCCAUUGACAACUGAUCAUAUUUAAUGGCAAUACGAUUUGCAACAGGCAUGGCCAGUUUUGUGCACUUUUGCACAAGGCUGUGCUAAUUACUGCCCCAAUCAAGUACAGUGUUGCCAACAAUAGAUGCCUGUUUGGGAUUGCUUUCCCUUCAACUUUUCUAUGAGCUGUUGCAGCACAUUAUCUGUGAUAUAUAUAUAUUAUAUAUAUGAAGAAAAGGGUUGGAGGGGUUGGUGAGAUGUCAUUCACAGGAUGCUUCGAACUUUUGUGCUGAAGUUUUGCAUUGCAGACCAUGUGAUAACUGGAGCAGUUGGAAUAUAUCUAUUUUUGUAUAAAAUGUUCACCUCUUAGUUUACCAUAAAUAAAAAUGUUUCCAUGAAAAUUCAUUGACUGUUAUGCAGUAGCAUACCUUUUGUAACUGAGGAACAGUGUCUCAAGCUUUUGUGGAUACUUUGAAUGUCUGCGAACCAGACUAUCCAACCGUAUUAUGGUACUUGAACCCGCUAUAAAUAUUGAAAUACAAAUGCUUGCUUUUGUUCCAUUUUCAUAUAUUUUUUUUCUUUUGCUGCUUUGUGCACAUAAAGCUUUUCUGGGUGCUCUGAACAUGCUGCUGCUUACUUGCUAGCCACACAGCUGUAUGUUGGGUUGAAGUUGACAGAUUGCUCUUUGCUAGGUCGUGCUAGCUGUCAAAGGUCCGUCUUGUGGUUCAUGCCUUAUUUAAUCCCAUAUUUUUGUAUGCUCCUGAAAUUUUAAUUCAUAAUCUGGUUUUUAAAGGGGCCCUGCAAUGAAGUUUCAGUAUGCAGAUAAUUUUAUUUGCUUGCGUAGCAUUGGUCGUUGCAAUUCAUUGGCUCCCAUGACACCAUAUCAGGGCAUUGGAUAUUUUAUUUCCCCCAGAAGUGCAAAUGCUGUCCCGACAUCAGGACCCUGCACUUUUUAACAGCGUGUGUACAUGUUGCAUGCUGUUGAGCCCAUUUUGUGCACUGUUACGCUGCGUUACAAAAACAAAACCAUGGUGUAUAAGGCCUGCAGCUUUUGGUUGAGAAAAUGAAGGGGCACAAAGGAAAAUAAUAAUCAGUUAGGUCGAUAGAUUAUUCGUCUAGAAGUCGUGCCAACAUAUGACUUCGUUGCAUACAGUUGACUUUAGUUAAGCGGACCCUGCUAAUCCGCCAAAAUAUGUCCAUUUUAUCCGAAGUCCGUAAUAUCUGAGACGCCUCAUUUCUGAAACUUUCGUCGCGAUGUCUAACAACGUUAUUGCAAAGAGUUUGUGACAAAUGUCCGAAGUAAAAAACAAAAUAAGUCGCAGUUUCGCCCAAAAGGCGAAGCAUCGAUUACGAUACGUAGAAGAUUAAGUAAGAUAGAUGCGGCAGCAGCGGCGAACGAAUCGACCUUCGUGUUGUUUCUUGCUUGGACGCAAACUAAACGUCAAAAGCAGAGCCCAUACGAAGCUACCAGCACUGGAUGCACUUUGUCCACAUCGCAGAUCGCUUGCAAGAUGCGGCACCCGUGCCGUUAACAGCAGCCACCGGAGUAGAACCACCCCUUUCCCUCACCUGCUCCCCAUGCCGCGCUCGCGAAAGGCAGUGCCCUUCCAACCCGCCUUCCUCCUCCCUCUCGCGCACGAUAUUCAGCUGGGAUCGCCAGCUGACCCUCGCAAGUCAGUUGCCAGCCUGUGUCGACACGACAAAGGCCAUUUCAUGCGCCCAUUCUUUACAAACUUUUCACAAAUUUCGUCUGCUGUAGCGCGGUACGUUAAAAGCGAACUUUGUUGCCUUAAUAAAAUAGGCAGACCAAACUAAGGUUGAAAUAUGGUCCAUUAUAGCCGAAAGUUAGUUGUACGUGGGUCCGUUGAAACGAGUGUAGACUGUAGGUCCAUCAAAGGUCUUACUGCUGCACCCCAAUUUGAAUUGCCCGCACCAAUAGGGAUGAGUUUGCAUAAUCCCCAUACGACUUCACCGCUCUGUGCAUUGGCCAUUGCUCAAGUGGAGCCACUUCAAAUUUCCAUUUUCUUCUUUUUCUCGUCUACAAAAGCUUUGUUCUUCUUAUGAGGGACGAAUUUGUUAUUACAGAAGCCUAAUAUUUCAAUUUAGCUGUAUUUGAAUAUUUUCCUUUAUUGUAAGCAUCAAAUAUUGCUGUGAAGUGACACACUGUUUGCCACAUUAAGGGGGAUGCGGCUUUCGUACUGCAAGAAAUGACAAAAAAAAUUUUGAGAAGCGCAUAUUCAGUUUCUAUUGUUCUUUUUUUUUAAGAUUCUGAAAUAUGAACGCUGAAAACCACGUAGAAGUGCUAAAAAAUUCAGUGGGAAUAUAAAAAAAAUUUUCGAGCCACGAUAUCUCCGCAACAGUGCAACCAAGCGCCGACAUUCUGCCCUUGUUGGAAAGCACAUUUCUCAGUCUUUAAAUUUGUCGUUUCCGCUAUCUCCUCCAUUCGGAAGCAAGCACACAAAAAGUAAAUGAUUCAAGGCCGUUCCGAGGCCUCCGAUUGGCCAUGCGUAUCACGUGGCCAUCGGAGCUUCGCCAUUGGUCUUGUUCGCGGUGCGUGUAUUCUGCUACACCGCACCUCUUGGUGUGCGAUGUUCAUCUGCGUGUGCGAGCCAAUAUCCGAUAUUGCCCCGUGAUUCGUGCGUCUGAAGAUGAGCGUAGUUUCAACAGCGGACUCCACAAGUGAUGCACGCCUCUUGGCAUCUCGGCUCACCAGUACUUGUGGAACCUAGUUUCGGAAGCUGAUUUGUAUUGCGAUACGUGCCUCUGGACAUGUGGACUCGUCGAUGUGUGCGGAGCGUAGUUUUGGAAGAUUUGUGACGCUACUCUGGACAUAUCGGCUCGAUGCACUGGUCAGUGCUUGUGGGGCGUAGUUUCGUAAAUUCACUGGUGACCAUAGGUUGGCGACCGCUGAAAUACCAGACGGCUCAUGCUUGCAGCACUCGUAAGUGAAAAUCGCCAAUGGUGAAAAACGCUCCUUCGAGGUUGCUUGGCAGUGCUGUGCAGCAUAGCACAGAAGUCACGCGCAGCCAAGGACUCCACAGGCAGGCAAAAUGCGUACAAUUGCCUUUUAGGAGCCGCUGCCGAGCAGUUCACAUGCGGACGGAAGGCCUACUUUUGUUGACGUUGUUGGGGAGUUGCUCUCGGCACUUUCUACGCAAGCGAAACAUCUUGUGCGAGCAGCAGUGGCACCGUGGAGCUUGUCGUGCUGCGUUACAUGUCGCCGAAUACAUCCAGCGAUCGCGUCUCGGAUGUGUUCGAUUCUCGUAUCGGCAUUUCGCACAGUGUUGAGACCCUGUCCAGAAGUGUGGGCGGCACCAUUCAGGUGCACCUGGAGCCACAUUUUGUAUCGGCAUAAGCAUCCUGAGAGGUCGCUGCAAAAGUGCAAGCAAAGCUAAGUUCGAUGCCUGCGAUUGCGCAGAAAAGAGAAGACAGGCGAAAGCGAGGUAUGAAACCAAGCGGAGGAGUUUCUGGUCGUUCAAAUCGCAGCCUUUAACGCGUUUCCUGGCAAAUCUAAGUGCCAGCAGUGCUGCCAACUAGGACUUCCAGUUCAGCUGGGAACAUGACAUGGGUUAGCAGCGCAAAUGAUACUGAUGUGGGCGUUUUGUGGUGCUGUCGCAAAGGAGUCCAUGAAAGGCGAGGCACCAAGUUUUCGAUUUAAAUAUAAGCUGUGCAGGCUGUUAGAAGUAUUGGCAAAGGGGCAACAGCUAUGACUGAGUUCUAAUCAAUGAUGAAUGUCUCCCAUAGAGGUUUGCAUCAUAAAACGUUUCGGAAACAUCUGAAGGCUGAGUGCAGACCUGGCAGUGAGACAGGUGCGGCCCAUAUUUUUUGAUGCCGUAGUGUCGGUGCACAGUGUUUACAGGGAGAUGGACCCUGCCUUUAAUAACAUAACUGUUUUAUGAUAGGACUUGGUUUACACGUGGCCAUGUAUCCCUGGUAGGUGUCGGCACUAUAAUAGAAUGUGAUCAGGACAGUAGAACCUUUGUAGCUUUGUAGGACAGUAGAACCAAAACAAAGCCUUCAUCGGUCACAUGGUCGCUGCUGCCAAAAGAUAAAAUGCAUCAUUGGUUGUGACGCAGACUGCUGUCCAUGAGGCAGUAUGCAAAUACAAUGCUGGGGCCUGCUGUGCUAUCGCUGAGUAUUGUGCAACACUUAGACUGCAACUGGGAGAACAUGCGCUUUACAGAGCAACGGAAAAGGAUGUCGUGAAAAAAUUCGAGCGAGGCACAUCAAACUAAAGGCAGGGCACUUGAGAAACUAUGCACUGAAAAGGACACAAAGGACUAGAACUCUGGUGGCUUUUGGUAAUGUAAAAUCUAAGCUACAAUUUUGAGAGCCUUUUUUCUCAAAACUGUUUUUCUUGCUUCCUGCUUUGCUUGUUCCACUGAUUUCUUCGGGACUGUUAGGUCUAUUUCAGUUUUUCUCCCAUAUUUUUAGUACUGUCCAGGGCAUCACUCUUGCUUUUGCAGUUUGACUUUACUACAAUAUAAUGAUUCGACUACUUGCCCACAGCCUAAAUGCCUUUGGUACUGCUCAUAAAAAACAAAAAAAAAGAUUGCGUUGCAAAUAAUAAAUGUAAGCAUGUCGCGGCCUCAACCAUUGAUCUUAGAAUGCACAGUGCUUUGAACAAGCUUUCCAUCAAAUUUUUUAAGUGAAACAGUAUUGGAACAAGGCCAGACGGAGAAAAAUAUUGUACCUAAAAAUGUUCUAAAGACACCUUUAUGAAAUUUCUACAGUGCUAUCGCAGAAACUUUUCUAACAAAUCUGCCAAUGCAUCAAAAUCCACAAAAAGUUAUUGAAUGCCAUGUCCCCCCUUAAGCUCGAAUGGUGCUUUUGCCUACACCUCCCCCUCCCCCGUUUUGUACUUUGAACUCUAGGCAAUACAACCAGUAUUUUUGCUGAUGCAUUUUUUUAAAAUGCCGUUGCCCUCCACCCCUUCUCCCAAAAAUGUUUGCCGACUUGUGCUUUGCUGACUUUAGUGCGAUGUGUAAGCUAUUCGCUGUUGCCAAAAUCUUAACAAACCAGGAGCCUCUGUCAGGCCUUGAUGCCUUUUGCUCUUGUCACCGUUUCUGUAAAGAUAAAGAAGAAAAAUAACUGGCUGCUAAGGACAGUAAAGGACAGUUCGCACCAGACUUUCCAUUCAGAGGCCUUGUUUACCCUUAAAUUUCAUAGGAAAAUUUGUGUUUGCUAUGAAAAGAGGCCACCGAAGUUUUCAGCUUAACACGACGGUGAAUAGUCUUUGCCCCUAUUUUUUAUUAGCCAAAAUAAGGUACAUACAGAUAAUUGCAAAUUUACGCACGAUUCUACUUACCUUGCGCUAUUCUUCCAUGUAGUUCCCAUGCCGGUUCACGCAUUUGUCCUAUCGCAGCACUAAAUUUGAGAUGCCCGUAUAGUAAAAUUCGUCUGGCAGACUGUGGAACCAGUCGUACUGUUGUCUUGGCUUCAUCGUUGCAUGUGGAUCUCAACACACACUUCACACUUCUCAAAGCGCCAUACGUGGGCUGCAUUUCCCUGUGGCUUUCGGUUCUCUUCCUCCAUAGAAAACGAAUCGCAUUUCAUUGCUCAUACGCCGUGGACAAGCGAAGCACAACUGACGGCAAUGCCGUGCCGUGGAGCUGCCGGCAAACAAGCCGGUCAAAGAAAGGUCCACUGCUCGGAAUGGAUAUGCCGACAUUGCAUUAGUCUUAAUUUGACUUGCUCAUUUGCCGUCGUAUAGUAAGAUGGAUUCUAAAAGUGGAUGUCUGCAUUGUGCAAAUAAACUUUUUCUGCACUGUG